AUGGCCUUCUAUGGAGUUUCCAAUAAAUGUAGUGACCGCAUACCCGUUUUUGUAUUUAUGAUCUUCUUGGAUUGGUUCGAAUAUAUCCUCCUGACGUCGUCGUCCUUCCGACUCGACCCCAACCUCGACGAACAAAACACAGUCCAAGCCAAGUCUCGGGAACGUGUUUUCCCACCACCGCUCGAUGACGUUGCGUACGACUCCCGUGAUAGAGACGCGUUCGUCGCUGCCCGACACGCCGCGGCAACAGCGAACGAUUCUUUCGCGUUGGAAAUGAAGGAACGGGCUCGUACCCGUCGCGCCCGACAAGAUCAGGUCGUCUCGGACCUCAAAGUCCAAAUCCGUCGUGUCGAAGCCGCACUCCAGGCGGAAACCAAACGACGGGUACACGGACUCCAAAAUCUCCAACAACAGACGGAGGCCAGUAUCCGCACACUGCAAGAAAAUUUGGAAGAGUCCUGGCGACUCCAACAAACAGCCACGGACGAUCGCUGGCAACAACUGGCCGACCGAUUGACCGCUUUGGAAGAGUCCUGGCGUGUCCACGUGGCGCGCUGGGAAGACCGCACCGGUUCGGAAAGUGCACAGGCGCGGGAGAUGCUACGGGAACUGCAGGAGCAGGCGGAAGUGGCGCAGAGGGAGCGAGAGAUUCGUGAAGAGAGUUUGCGACAGCGAUUGGAAAACGUCGCGCAAGAAGCGGAACAAGCCUGGGACGAAGCCCGACGCGAACGGCGCGCGGCGACCGACGAACUGCAAACGCGGCUCGAACGAUACGACGACAACGUGGAAGCGCACGUUCAGGGAUUGCAACAAACCCUACGGCAAGAAUUAGCCGCCCUGCAGGCCGAUCUGCAAAGGGAACAAACGGAACGAGCGACGGCGGAUCAAGAUAUUGCCAAUGUCUUGAAUCGCUACACGGAAACGAUACAGAACAGUUUGGCCGUCGUUUCGGACGUAUAG